AUGGAUAGAAGCGCUCCGUUCAAACGUGUUUUCACGAAGCCGAUAGAGGACAAACCUGCAUUUCCCACAGCUGCAUUGGAGUCUUUCACUCUCGGCCCCAACCCAGACCGCGACGUCGGCGGUCAGCUCUUGCGCGCCACCAUCACGGUCGAGACUGAGGCAGAAACUGAGGAGGCAGCAAACAGCGCCAAAACGAACAUCUUUGAGUCAGGUGCAGAGAGAGCCCAAAUCUUGUGGAGGAUAUACGAGAACUUGGACGCAUUCAACUUAGCGGACGAAGGGUUUCAAGUGAACUUGGAUCAAACAGGUUUAGAAUUCCAGAUAUACGAAGUGCAGCUCAAGGCUGGUGAUGCUGCGAGAAGAAAACGACGAGGACUUUCUAAUCAUGUACAAAUGAAGGAUGCUGGUGCGAGAACAAGAAGACUUAAACUACAACAGGAACAUGGUCAAAGUAGAACUUCUUCUGCUAGCGCUACGUCCACACUGCCACGACUAAGCAAUGGAGGGUCCCCACUAUCACUACGCAGUCGACCCUCAAGGCGCAUCCGCAAUAAAAAAGAUUUUCCGUGGAUGGCGGCGCAGAGGGCUAGUCGAGACUUGAAGGUUCAGGGCGUCGACGCGGAUCAUGUCAGUCACGAUGCCUUCUUGGUCGCUGACGCUUUAGACUUGACUGUUGUAGAUGAAGGCGUCGCAUCUUCUUCUAGAGAUCCUCUGCAGGAAGCGAUAAGAGGAAACCUACAUCGCAGACAAUUGAGGGACCGGCUAGAGGCAGCUCAGGGUUUAGAACAGGACGCUAAAACAUUUCCUACAACUAGGACAUCUCCCGCGAUGACCGAGGCUUUGCGGGAAGCAGAGGCUGAUGCUUUGUACAGAGAUUACAGCCAUAUGAUCUCGGAAGAACAAGGAGAGGGCUAUCCCUCAGGAAAAAACUUCGACCAUACUGGUUCUCUGGAUGAUAAUUUGCGCGAACUAACCGCGACUGCCACACUCAAUACCACCGCCUGUCCUUCUGCCACUUCUUGGAUGGACACUGCCAAUUGGCCUCCCAAUGCCAACAUUGGCCUUGUCCCUGUCUGUGCGCGCGAGCAUCUCACCACCGAACAACUGGAUUCUUUGGGGUUUUACGAUCUGCAACAAGGCUCCUCCUCUAUGUCUACGGUGGAUUUGGACAGUGCCUUAGCGAAUUUUGCGAGUUCCACGUCAGCCAGUCAGACGGAGAAAAAAGUCGUCUCGUUUGUGGUGCAGUCUAUUUCCAAAGUCAACCUAUUUCGAGAUCCAGCAAGUACCUAUUUGCCCAAAGAUCGCUAUAAGGUUACGACGACGGAAACGUAUGAGUCUCCAGCGAAUUUGGACGUGCACCUGAGCAUGUUUGUGUAUCCUAAAAGAGUCAGGAUAGGCGCUUUGUGUCCUAGCUCUCGUAUUACCGAUGAAUCGAUCACCAACGCGUUUGCGAACUCGCCUGGUGCGUCGGAGGUCUUCCGUAGCUUUUGGGGUAAAUGGCAAUUACAUGCAGGUGACAACUUCAGGGUUGACAGCUGUACUACGCAGACCUUCGACGAAAUGCACGCGGGCCAAAAACAUCAGGGUAACCUGGGUUCUUUCUGCAAGACAUCCGCCUACCUGAAGUCGAGCAGCAAGGACAAGUACCGCAUGUUCUGCAGUGAGGAUUUUCAGCCAGCGAAUUACUUGAGCUUCGCAGUGCAAGGCCCCUUGACUGGUCACUGGUUGUACCCAGGUGUCCGAGAGGAUACAAGCUACGCAGCAACAAUGCCGGAACAAGUCGUGGACUUGGAAGCUACUUACUCUUUGACUUUUGACCAGAAAUUCCUCGACGUAGAAAGAAACUACAUGACGCAAGCCCAAGGCGCGGACUUCGUCAACGGCCAAGAGCGCCUGUGGGCUGCUGAGCCUCUAGCACGUGGAAAGGCACUCUGUAGUAAGAAAAUCCGAGGCUGUCAACAGGGCGUGCCAGCCAAUCCGCCAAUGCUGUUGCCUGGGAUUGUGAUCAACGUGAACAAGAAACGCACCCGCAAUUUGGUCGAGGCAGUGAAGCCGUUACACUGGCCAGAAUACGACAGCAAAAAAAUGGACGAAUUGAUGGCUGGUUUGGACAAUUUGUCUUUAGAUUAUGGCCCUCAAGAUGGUAAUCCAAAUUACUCAUUUCCACAGCCGAGCCGAAGAUCAAAAUUACUCAUUUCCACAGCCGAGAAGUAUAAUCUUCUCUAUCUUUGCAGGCUUCUCUAAUUAGAACUUCACGCCGGAUUGCGCACGUUUACUGCCGCGGAAGAUGGCCACAUAGCGAUUAAGCCCAUGACGAAGAUCUUGAUUCAGGUGCAGUGGCAAAUAAAUCCAAUUUAUAUCGUGGAUAAAUGGACGGGGGCCAUUAGCUUGGAUCGUUGGGCAACUUCUGCUAAGGCUUCUUGCAAGUUGAUCUAUGCUUAUCUAAAAAGAGCAUAUCUAUGUUGACCUUUUCAGAUUCAGACCUCUCAUGAUCUAAGAAGAGGCUUAUAGUCUAAAUGGCCUACUCUUUAAGGGGGAAACGGAAAAGGAUUUAGCUAUGCGAGCUACAUGAUAGGUCAACUUGCAACAGCUAACUCAGUGAGCAUGUUGAAUAUCGGCUACGCGGAUGUUGAUUACAGCAUGAGAAGUUCUUGCAGCGUCCGCCUACUCUUUGCGAUCGAUCCUACGAGUCAGAGAUUCCAAGAAAUUCCGAUUUUAGAGUUGAAAGAUUUCCUCGCAUUCGUGGGUGCUUAUGCCGGAUACAUAGGCAUGGUCGCGGCGUUCUUAGGCCUGUGGCAGAAACUGACGAAACCAUUUGGGGUCGUCGAUAUCUACUACGUGGAUUCCGAAUAUGCGAAUGUCGUCGGGCGUUGGUAUACUAGGCAAAUGAAAAUGCUGGGUUUUGGACACUUGGUGGAGAACGAUGAAGAAGAUCCAGGGAAAGAAGAUGCUGUCACUGGAAAAGCAGAUCAUGGAGAAGUGAAAGAUAAACUACAAGUCUCUAGUACUCUACACCAAGCAGGACUAGGACAUCAAGCACAGCGUACGAUCAUUCCCCAACCUUUAGGAGAUCCGAUUCGAUGGGCCCCAAGUAAGAAAGACACUAGAAAUUCUCGAAAAAUUGAAAUGGAAGGCGCUGCGAUCAUCGAGGAAAGAGCUACUUUUCACACUGUCGGACCUGAAGGGGAAGCUGCUGCACCCGACGAUGUGAAAAUCACGAGUGGGGGCGAUGAUGAUGCGCCAUUAGCCAUCAAGGACGGGCAAAAGCAGCAGAUGAAAGACGAGUACAAGGAGUGGCUAGCUGCCAAGAAAAAGGAAGAGAUGAAUGGUGGUGACGAUCAUGGCGGUAGUGACAAGAAUGCUGCUCAAACUCCUCAGCUAAAAGACACGGCCAUGGACCAAAAGAAGAUGGGAAGGACACAAACGCUAAGCAAAAUGGGAGGUGAAGAAGGUGAGACGGAAAUAUCAAGACCGGUGUUUAAGAAAAAAGCAUCUUCCUGAUUCGAUAAAGAAAUGAAAAAGCAACAACACUGGUUCAAAAACUUCUCCCACUCUCUUUCUGAUCUCUUAAGAACUAUGUUAACGUACCCGAUGCUUGGCAUGAAUCUUCCACUGAAACAGUUUGAAACUAUCAUAGACCAGCUGAAUGCCAAACACAUUGACAUUGUUGAGGUACUUCCUUCCUGUCACGAUGUUAUGCCUAUCACAAUGUUGUGCGCGGGCUCUUGAAGGCUGUUGGGGACCUUGUGAUUGUUUAUAUGGCUAUGAGUUCUGAGAGGGAACCUUCAAGGACAACCUCUUGCUCCUUCCGAAGUAGUCAUGAGAGGGAGGGUUCAAACUCAUCACUAUAGUUCCUUCCGAAGUAGAUCACUAUAGUUCCUACCGGACCCUAUCACACACGAUUCACCGCAUGAAAAAAGCUGCUGCUUUGAUCAUAGAGAGAGAGAGGCUCUUGUAGUUCUGAAUAGAUUAUGUGGUCUUUCUUCCAUCUUAAAGGAGGGUAUAGGUAAAUACUGACUUAAGAGUGAAUAUCAAAGAGAAAGAUUAAGAUUUAUCAUACACCAUCAUAUCCUCACUAUCACAAAUUAUUAAAAAGAGACGCCUCUUAGGCGAAGACGCAAGUUGGCAUCAUAUCCUCACUAUGACAGAUUAUCUAGAGACACCCUCUCCUUCUAGGCGCUAGGAACAUGCUCAUUCUGUUGUCUGCAAACUAGAUUGACUACAGUUGCUGUGUAUUGUUGCACUUCUCCUAUCUGUACGUAUAGAAUUUGGCGUAGUUUAUUAUUCUUGUACUUCUCCUAUCUUCAUCUUGAGUACUGGAUAGACAUAAAUACCCCUCGAUACUGAAUAGAAGUAGACAGAGGCUAUUGUAAUAUAGUCCUCUCCGAUAGUAGUAGUUUUUAGCCGUUGUGAUACGGUUUUCUUGCUCUCCCGGUAUGUAAGUUGUUAAGUGGGGGUUUGUCAAGUAGUUGAAUGGGAGGCAGCACCUAGUCCUAUGCAUGGAAAAAAAAAUAGACUACAACGCCCAUCAGGGGAUACAGGACUAGCGGACUGAAACUGAAACUCAUGUUUGUGAGAAGUUCAAACUGUGGACGGUGAAUCAAAUCCUAUCCUAGCCUAGAAGUUAAUACACAGUAUUGUACUCAACAGUCUCUGUAUUGCAUCCGCAGUGACUUUUGUGGCUGUACGUUGCGAUGCAAACUACUGGCUUGGUCCAAGAGGUCAUCCAUUUGAUAGAUAUGGAAUUCCAUAUCGAGUACCGUGAUUUUCAGGGUUAUUUUUAGUGGAAUGGUGUGAUUAGGGUUACUACUUGUUUGGAGAGUAGAAGUAAGUAACCGAGAAACAAUAUGGUGGAGAAUAAAAGUAAGUAACUGAGAAACAAAAAGGUGCUAAAUGAAGGGAUGGUAUCUAUGUCGUAUGUUAAUGCUUGUUCUUUUUGGAUAAUGUGUAUGUUGUGAUCGUAUGAGGAUCAAAACACCUCCAAUUUGCGAGGUAUAUUAGCGUUUGUACUGUCGUUUGAACGUGAGGACUUUCGCGGAGCAU